CACACAAGACGGCCGGUGAAACUGUUUGAGGCGAUUGCGUCUCUCGAAUAGAUACUUUUUGGAGUACUGUCGUUGAAAAACUCCAUGUUUAUCCGUGAUUUGUGUUAAACCCAUGUUGUGGUCAAAUUAGCAAGCUGUUCGGUCUKUGAGGAUUGAUUUCUUCGGGUCGACAGGWUCGUUCAACACGAAACAUCAAGAUAAACAAUCAUGGUAGCCCGUCACACGGGGCUUUGCGCCGUUACAAUUAUUAUCUUGUCCAGUUCUKUAAUCUUCUGCAAUGGACAAACGAACACAAUCAUAUCAGAAGAAGUUAUGGAGAAUCAAAAGACAGGCUCUGUUGUCUAUCGCUUUCAAAGGCCUCCGAGCGGCCAGGAAUACAAGCUUAUYCGCUCGUACGAUGAAGACACUGCAUACCGUCUAUUUGCAGUUUCAUCUGAUGGAGCCGUGACAACGCAACAACCUUUAGUGUAUACUAUCGAUAGACCUAAUAAAUAUGCCCUGACUAUUGUCCGAAGACCUCAGGGACAGGAUGAAGGAGGUAUAGCCUGGACCUUGGAAGUAACAGUCAAAGAUAUUGAUAAUUACCAACCAACGUUUGGAGCGAACGUUUACGAGGGCCGCGUACGAGAAGGAUCUCCAGCGAAUACUAUAGUUGAUGGACUUGAAAAAUGUUUUGCAGAAGACAGAGAYACCUCRGGGAUUGAUCAAUAUAAAAUUGUCAGUGGAAACGAAAAGAAAUAUUUUCAAAUUGAAACUGUGAAAAAAGAUCGUACAUUCGUAGUUCUUAAGACUACAAACGUCCCCAUCGUCCGUGAUCCCGAUGAUCCAUACAUAACAUUAACGGUCCAGGCUAAACAGGCAAGGAAACCUGCAAAGAUUAAGAUAUAUAUCGAAGACGCGAAUGAUAACGAACCGAAGUUUGCUAAGAGUUCAUACACAGAAAUAGUCGAUGAGAAUGCCGCUGUUCAGUCGUCGGUAGUUCGAGUGACUGCUAACGAUCCAGACGUAGGUACGAACGGUGGUCUCUACUAUUACCUCCAGCCACUGAAUGAUUAUUUCAUGGUGGACGCUAUCACAGGYCUUAUUAAAGUKGCUCAGACGUUAGACUAUGCCAAAGGACAGUCGAAUUCAUUGACUCUGUACGCAAGAGAUCGUGGWAACCCGACAAAAUCCAGCUCUACAACGGUGACCGUAAAUAUUCAGCGCGACAUAGCGGGUUACCCGCCGCCCGACAGCUCUGAUCCUGGUACAAAYACCAARCCGAUUUUCCCUCAAGAUUCGUAUACUACUAGCAUAAGAGAGGACUUUCCUAUCGGUGGAGUGUUGCUGUUGAUUAACGCCGUUGAUAACGAUCCUCCUGGACCGAACAAGAGGCUCACCUACACUCUAAGCGGGUCUGGYAGUACCGACUUUAAUAUAAACAGCGGCAGCGGUCUUGUCACGUUGGCCAAAACAGUGGAUUAUAAACUUAGCGGCAGCAAUCAAUACACGUUGAACGUGCGCGCUCAAGACGGCAAUGGUCUCACAGCUGAUACACAACUUAUAAUCGAUGUUUUAGACGUAGACGAGAACUACCAUGCGCCGCGAUUUAAUCCCCAGCAAAAGCUUGUAGAGGUAUCAGAGGAUGUCGCUAAGGGUACAUCAGUCACCACUGUUAGUGCAACAGAUCAGGACACUGGAGGGCCAGACAAGCAGAUAGUGUACUCUAUCAUUCAAGGGUCAGGGAUGGGAAUUUUCAAAGUGGACCCUAAUACGGGAGAAGUUCAGACCGAUGCUUUAUUAGAUCGAGAAGGACGGACUUGGUACGAUAUGGUCAUUAAGGCUGAGGAUAAGGCUACUUUCCCGAAGUCUGGUAACCUUUAUUUAAUGGUUAAUGUAAAAGACAAGGAUGACAAUAAUCCAUWCUUCACYGAACCAAUGUACGUYGCUAAAGUACCCGAGAAAGCCCCCGAGAAUACAUUUGUAACGGUAGUGCGCGCUGAAGACCCCGACAAAAAUCCUACCAUAUCGUACUCGAUCACAAACUCUCAAACUGCGUUCAAAAUAGAAAGCUCUACUGGAGUAAUACGAACAAGGCGUAGCCUUGAAAUAUCGCGCGGGGAAAUUGAAUUUGAGUUGACCAUUCAAGCAACGUCAUCUGGGAAAACUGCAGCCGGACAGGUGAAUGUGACAGUCACUAGCAGAGCGGACUCWGCCCCAACUUUCAUGAACACAGCCGCUUACAAAUCGGUGUCAGUUCCAGAAAACCAAGGCCCUGUGUCUAAUAUACUUUGCAUUGCGGCAGUGGAUUCAAGUCUGUCGCCUGUGGCAUAUCAGUUGUCGAAGUUGUCGAGUGAGCUCAACGUGUUUGCGAUAAAUAAAAACUCRGGAAGGCUCUCCUCUACAAAAAGUUUUAACUAUGAUGAGAAUGACCAGUAUCARAUCCAAGUUGAAGCCCAAAGUCUCACUUCCAAGAAAACCGCUUCUGCUGACAUUGUUAUUUCAGUAUUAUCCCAAAAGGAUCCGCCGACAUUCAGCAAGCAGGAUUAUAGUGUUUCUGUUUUGGAGUCAAAACCUGUUGGAACAACCAUUAGAACUGGUAUCAAAAUCAUCGACCAGGACACUGCCCCUGAGCAGUUCAUUUGCUCCCUGGAAAAUAUCAACGAUUUAAAAAUCCUCGAAUACCUCUCUGCAAAACGYGAUGGCGAUCAGUGCAAUGUUGUCACCAAAAAAACAUUGGACACUUCUGUGACRCCUCAGUUUCAAUUUGCAAUGAGAGCAACAGAUAAGAAUCUGUAUAAUUUAUAUGCRCAAGCYGAUGUGACCCUUGAAGUAAAAGACGAGAACAACAAUGAUCCAGUGUUCAGCCAGACUUCCUACUGGGUGUCRGUGUAUAGCGACAUUGCAAAAGAUGCAAAUGUCUUGACSAUUUCUGCAACRGAUAGGGAUAAAGGCACGUUUGGAGAAGUAACGUAUCAAUUAGUGACUGCUAACAAUUGGUUUGAUUUAGAUGUCAACACUGGUGUAAUGUCCACCGCCAGCAAAUUAACAGUCAACACAGUAUUCGAGGUUAAAGUGAAAGCUACCGAUGGAGGUGGAAGAGCAGCUGAAGUCGUCGUUAAGGUGUCUUCUUAUGACAGAUCAGAUACUCCUGUGAAAUUUGACCAAGACAGCUACACGGCAUCAAUAUUGGAAGACAAACCUCUUAACACCGARGUCGUGAGAGUCACUGCAACSAAAUCCGGUAGUUCUAGCGGCAUCACCUACGAACUGGUCGGAGGGUACAAGGAAGGCGGAACAGCUAUCUUCCGUAUCAAUGGCAAUGGACAAGUGUUUCUGGAUUCAUCGYUGGACAGAGAACGCAAGUCGUCUUACACGCUAAUCAUUCGUGCCAAGCAUAGUGGAGGAAGUAUCGAACUGGUUAAGAAUGUGGAAUGUGUUGUAACUGUAGGCGAUGUCAAUAACAAAGUGCCUCAGUUUACUUUUGAAAAGAAUCCCAAGUAUUACACAGUCGACAACUAUUCUCCUGCAGACACAGUAUUUGGAAGGGCUAAGGCUAUCGACUUAGAUGCUGGCAACAAUGGAAAAGUGACGUACUCUAUCGAUUCAUCUUCAGGUGGGAUUAACCUUUUCAAAAUCGAUGGUGAAAAAGGAACAUUGAUGACUAAAACAAAGCUAACCAAAGUGGAAACAUAUACCAACGUCGUCCUCGUAGCAUCAGAUGGUGGCUCACCUCAGAAGACAAGCAAAACAACUGUAACUAUUGAAGUAGUGAAAGCUUUUCCGGCACCAAAAUUUAAAGAAUCCUCUUACUCCGCCUCUGUCCAGGAAAACGCCCGAGUUGGCGAAUUGGUGACCACCGUAAAAGCGGAAUACGAUGAUUCCAGUGCAUUCUUGCAGUAUAGCUUUCUAAGCGGCAACACAGACAGCGCUUUCUGUGUUGAUAGCAAUGGAAAAAUCACUGUCGCUCGACCACUGGAUCGUGAAAAAGUGAGUCAAUACACAUUGAAGCUUCAAGUGGCUCGGGGAAAAGACAAAGCGACGAGCACUGUWGUUAUCUCGGUUACCGACAUCAACGACGACUCGCCUGUGUUUGAAAAGAACCUCUAUCAAUUCAAGGUCAAGGAAAAUGCAGCAAUUUCAACGACAGUUGGAAAGGUUGUUGCAAAAGACUUCGACUCUGGUUCUUUUGGUGAAGUCACUUACAAAGUGUUGCAGAGUGUCGAUAUCGAGAGUAAGGAUAUGUUUCAAGUCGGUGCAAAAASUGGAAUCAUAACAACACAAAAGACGCUAGACUACGAAGACAUCAAGAAGCACAUUCURUUUAUUAAAGCAGAAGACAACGGAAUGACCAGACUUGGAGCUGUCACUGAAGUCCAGAUCGAGGUCGAAGAUGUGAACGACAACCCACCUAAGUUCUCUGCACCGUUGUACCGUGCYAAGGUUGCGCUGGACGCAGCAGUUGGACACCAUGUCGUCCAAGUAGCAGCAACAGAUCUCGACAGCCCAAAAAAUGCACAACCAAUGUAUUCAGUUGUAAGUGGUAAUGACGARAAGGCAUUCGAAGUCAACCGAGAGAAUGGMCUAAUYACAGUUGCAAAAUCCUUAACAACUGUAGCAGCCGAUAAGUUUAUCCUGAGGAUCAAAGCCAAAGAUCGAGGCGAUCAACCAAAGAGCGAUGAAGUCAAUGUAGAAAUUAAUGUCUUCCUUCCCGACGGACCCCCGAAGUUUGUUGUCUCGCCAAUCGUAGUCAAGGUAACCGAAGGGCUUGCCGCUAACAAGCGAGUUGCCGUUGCUAAGGCAGCAACGUCUGARGCUUUAAAAUAUGAGAUUAUCUCAGGAAAUACCAACGGGAUGUUUAAGAUCAACCCCGCCACUGGAGUAAUCCUUACAACACGUGAGCUGGACUAUGAAGAAGCCACGAAGUAUAGCCUURUUAUUGUUGCCAUGGAUACUCGUGACAGACGUGCACAGGUYGAAGUCAAUUUACAGAUCAUCAAUACCAAUGAUAACAAACCAAUGUUCCCUGGUGAAAUAGAUGGACAAAUUGACAGRAAAGUUUCUGGGCCAUUCUCAAAGGGCGUKGUGGUCACMAGUCUUGCCGCCAUUGAUAAAGAUCAAGGAGACAUGGUGAAAUACAAGCUCUCUCCACCAAGCGUGUAUGAUAAUUUUGAUAUCGACAGCCAAGGACAACURAUUGCCAAGGGAAAUCUUAGAAACAUCCCUUCGCCAUACAGAUAYAAGAUCAUUGCAACCGAUAGUGGCUCACCCGCUCAGGUUAGCACUGCCGAUGUUAGAAUGGUGUUUGUUAAUUACAGRCCGAAGCAACAACCCGUGAGAGCUAUGGUGCCAGAGUCUACACCCGUCGGCAGUAACAUCACUCGAGUACCAAAAUACUUCCCCUCGGGCGUAUUUGAAAUCAUCUUCCCCGAGAAGUCGAACUUUACUAUCGAUAACAAGGGGAUCGUUCGCUUAGUCGGCCAAUUAGAUUUUGAGAAGCAAGCUUUUCAUUUGAUAACCGURMGMGAGAAACAAACGGUGGACAGCAAGCUCACUAAUGAUGUAGACGUUGAGAUCUACGUUKUGGAUUUAAAUGAUAACAAACCUUACUUUACCAUGACKUCCCUUAAGGCAAGUAUCAACAGGAAUGCUCGGGCUGGCGCGAACGUGUUUCAACUUAGCGCACGUGACCUGGACAGUGGUUCCAAUGGGCAGAUUGGAUAUCAGCUUCUUAACAGCUCAUUUCCAUUUACUAUAAAUCCAUUUACCAGCAARAUUGAAGUUGGGAAGGCUCUUCUCGGAGCAUCAUUCCGCCCAGAAGCCCUGCCAUUUGACUAUGGUAAACCUGGCAAUAACGGUAGCAAAGCUACUAUUAACAUAGARACAACUCAGACACCUCCCAUCUUCUCGCGGGCAAGCUAUCAGUUCACUGUUUCCGAGCGCGCACCUAUUGGAUACAGUAUCGGAAAAAUCGAAGCAAGAAGCGCGUCUGGAGCAAGGUUAGAUUUUAAAAUCAAAGAAGGAGACCCUAAUAACAGAUUCUUYGUMAAAUCAGAUGGUACAGUAGUCUUGAACUCGUUAAUGAAGAACAGCCCAGCACAGUUUAAACUUAAAGUUGAAGCAAUAGAGCAAAUUCCCAAUCCACUAUCCUCGACUGUUGAAGUGGUCAUCGAUGUACUCAAUGGCAACGAUUUCUACCCAUACUUUGAGAAACURCUUUACACUGUGACUCUCUCAGAAGACCAAGGCAUCGGGUCCGUAAUUGUGACCGUAAAGGCCUUGGAUUGCGACUGCUCGUCGGCCUGCCAGUGCAAGCGGGGUUUACUUAAAUACCAGAUUGAACCUCGUGAGUACUUUGUCGUCGACGAAGAUACAGGUCAGGUGAUGAUCUCGAAAACGCUUGACUUCGAGACGAAGACAGAGCAUCUACUUAAAGUUUCGGCCACCGACACAGGUGUUGUAAAGUACACUGCUGCUGCAUACGUAUUUGUAACCGUGACCAACACCAAUGAUAACAAACCCGUGUUUUCUAGCAAUGCUUACGAAUUCCGUGUAACCGAGAAUGCUGAAACAACGGCGAAUUUGGGCGCGGUUGUAGCCAGUGACGAUGACGGCGGUCAAGUAGAUUAUUCCAUCAUUUCUGGUUCCGAAUUCAAAAUCAUCAGUAAUACAGGAGUUCUACGAUUAAGUCAAYCAAUCCCUAAAGACAAUAAGAAAAACGAGUUCACAGUCACUGUUCGUGCAAAGGAUCAAAAUAACAAUUAUGGGCCAGAUGCAGUUGUGAGGUUCAACGUUGACCACGUGAAUACGGUAAGACCUACGUUCRCUUCGUGUGGUAAGGCAACAGUACAAGAACAUCGCUCCAAGGGUCAGGUCGUUACCAAGGUAGAGGCUACUGAUAAUGACAAGGGAAGGUAYGGUGAGGUUGAAUUCUCUCUGCAGCCUGUUGGGGGGCAGAAUUUCUUCAAAAUCAAUAAUCGCACGGGYGAGAUCACGACGACGGCCAGUCUCGACCGAGAAAAAAGAAGUUCAUAUACUGUGAUUGUGAGGGCAGAGGACGGAGGGCAUGGAAAACUUCCAGAGGAGCGACUGCUGACCUAUUGCUUCCUUACUGUUGAGGUCCUUGACACCAACGAUAACUCGCCCAAAUUUGAGGCUCGUCCUUACAUCGCUACAACUCAAAUCGGCCAAGGAAAGGGCAAGGAAGUUGUCACUGUCAAUGCCGUCGAUGCAGAUGUGGGUACGAAUGCGAAGAUCCGCUAUUCUCUUAAGACUAGCAGCGACAAAUUCACAAUUGAUCAAAAUUCUGGUACUAUUUCGACGAAGGUAGAUCUCAAAUCUCAAGAUGUGGGUAAAGUACUCUUAACGGUGGCAUGCUCMAACGUCCCKGCCGCACAAGACAGCCAGACUCCCGAACACGAGAAGGAGACAGUUGUUGAGAUUUAUAUCUCUGACCAACCGCCACCUAAGUGCAAAGAACCCAAAGGRUUUUUAUUUGAGGUAAGCGAAGCGGUGGCAACYGGCGAAGAUGUCGGUACAAUWGUUGCCACAGCACAAGCCCCAGGAAGCUCCAUCGUUCGCUACAGUCCSGUCAAAGCAAACUCAUACGUUGAUGAAAGAUUCAGCGUCAGUCCCAGCACCGGAAAAAUCACAACAGCUGCACAGCUUGACUAUGAAGCAUUGCCUCAGGACGACAAGACGUUUCGCCUGCAAGUGAGAGCUCAGCAAGAUGGAACUAACCUGUUUACCACCUGCGAAGUCACCAUCAGACUUACAGAUGUCAAUGACGACAAACCGACAUUUGACCUCGGUAGCUACGACGCCCGGGUCCUUGAAAAUGCUAAGRUCGGCACAACGGUGGUGAAAAUCAUGGCAAAAGACAGGGAUCAUGGUUCUGCAGGUGAAGUACAGUACAGUAUUGUAGGCAACGAUCCGAACUUUCAAAUCAACUCUGCGACUGGAGUUAUCACCACGCGUCAAGUGUUUGACCGUGAGACGAAAGAUGURUAUAGCAUCACAGUACAAGCAACUGACAAAGGAACAAACCCUGGAGCGCUGUCUGAAGAAGUCACUGUUAGAAUUCUAAUUGUCGACCAGAAUGACAAUGGACCCAAAUUUAGUAAGCCAGUAUAUACGGUAUCUAUCCCAGAAAAUAUUCAAAAGGGAACAGUUGUUUAUAGUGAGUUAGAAGCCACGGACAAAGAUAUUGGUGAUAACGCCCUGAUCACCUAUUUCAUCUCUGGUGGUGACAUGAGUGGUACUUUCACUGUAAAUACUGUAACGGGAAAGAAAACAUAUGGAGCUCUUGUGGUCAAUAGAAAGCUUGAUUACGAAAAGAAGAAAACUUAUCAGCUGCAAGUGUCUGCUAGUGAUGGAAUGGCCAGCGCUUCUGCAACUAUUGAUGUAACUAUUAGCAACAUUAACGAUGUGGCACCCAAGUUUCAAAACCCCGUGUACGCAACGAAAGUCGCUGAAGGUAMACGAGAAGGAGUGUUUGUUCUUCGGCUGACUGCAACGGACGUGGAUAGCACUGCAAUAACAUAYAGUCUUCAAUCAAGUGCUCAGGGAUUCUUUACUAUCAGAACCGAGAAGACCGGAAGCACAUUCGCCGGGAUCAUCGAAACYGGAAGUACAAAAUUAGACCGUGAAAAGACUCCACUGAUGACGUUUGAAGUGUAUGCGAGUGACGGCCAGUAUAAAGGAAAGGCKGAAGUACAAAUCAAUGUAACUGAUAUAAAUGACUCGCCGCCUCGAUUCCCAGACGAUCAGGUUUACGUCGGCUACAUACUUGAGAAUGUAAAAGCAGGGAGCAGYGUCAUGUACGUCCAAGCUGUUGACGAUGACUUUCAGUAUGCCGGCGGUAAUGCAGACAUCAARUACGAUCUUACGAACAACGCGGGCAAUAGCUUCAAGAUUAACCCAAACACAGGGCUCGUUUCGAGCCUCAAAGUAUUCAAUCGUGAUACAGACAAGUCGCCUUUAACUAUAACUGUACGCGCUACAGACCAGGGUAAAAAUCCACAGAGCGCUACAAGAGAUGCUACUAUAUUCAUUCUUGACGGUAACAAUCAYAAACCAGAGUUCACCAAAASCGUCUACCGGGGUACAGUUCCUGAGCAUGCGCCACCAGGGUACCGCAUCGCAGCUGUCAGUGCYACGGAUAAGGAUACMGGACCUAACGCCGARUUAGAAUACGUCGUCGAAAGUGGAAACGAUCCUCACGUGUUUUACCUCGAUCCAUAUAACGGUACUGUUCACGUAUCUGGUAUUAUCGAUUWUGAAGUAAAACGAUCCUAUGAAUUGACUGUGAAAGUUUCUGAUAGAGGAGUUCCAGUACUGGCAGCAGACARAACAGCCAAAGUCAUCAUCACCGUMACAGACACAAAUGACAACCCGCCGGUCUUUUCACCGAAGGAAUACAAAAAAUCCGUCCCAGAGAACRUCCAAGUGGGWACMGUUAUCGUCAAGGUGACGGCAUCAGAUGCAGACAGCGGUAAUAAUGCAAAGUUUGAUUUCUCGAUUACUAAAGGAGAUCCAACCGAUUUGUAUGAAAUCGUACCCGAUUCUAAAAAUCCCAACAUUGGUUUGAUCAAGAACCGCCUUCCGCUCGAUCGAGAGACAACCCCUGUCAGUGAACUUGAAGUCACAGCUACAGACACUGGUGGACUUCAGGGCAAAGCGAGAGCAGUGAUCACCAUAGACGACGUGAACGACAAUGGACCCUGGUUUGUGCCUCCAUAUUUCGAGGGAAAAAUCAAAGAAAAUAUCGACAAUGCACAGUUUGUGACUCGUCUGAGCGCUUACGAUCCCGAUACUACGGCAAACGGGAAACCCUUCACCUACUCGAUCUACAACGGUACUGUUAAUGACAACUUCAAGCUCGUCGAGCCAGCGACUUUGAAGGACGUCACUUCCAAUAUGAACUCCUACGGCCGCUUCAACCGCGAAGAGAAAAGUACGUGGAAGAUUGGCGUUACUGCUGUUGAUAACGGAAAUCCUAAAAAAUCAAACUUUACGUACGUUUACGUUGAUGUAGAGGACGAGAACGAUAAUGAACCAUUUGAUGGGUCUCUCAAGAUCGUUGUUAAUGCCUUUAAGGGACAAUUCCUUUGUGGUAGCAUAGGAAAACCGUACUAUCAAGACAACGACUUUGACGGCGACGUCAAUACCUAUACGAUCGAAACUCAAAAACCUGGUAACUACUUCAAGAUAGAUCCAAAUACUGGUAUAAUGACAGCCGAUAAAGAAAUCCCAAUGGGACGAUACACUCUCUCUGUUAAAAUUACCGAAACCAACCGAGGUUCUAACACCAAGUCUGUYCGCUCGAUGAUCAGCGUCUCCGUACGCCGAGUAGAUCCCGAUGCGGUCAAGARUGGCGUAACUUUACAGUUCCUGAAUCUACGAAAGGUGGAGUAUUUUGUAGGCGAUUACUAUGAAAAAACUGUGGACUUGAUCGGCAGUUUCCUUGAAGCGAGUAUUGAGAUGUUUAGCAUUCAGAAGGCAACGAAUAAUUCCAUGGCAGUCAAUGUGCAUUUCGCUGCAAAGAAGGGAGGAUCGUAUGUAAAGCCUUUGGAUGUCAUUAAUAAUCUGAGUGGAAAAAAGAAGGAGUUUAAUAAUAUAGGACUCGAGGUAGGCUCAAUUGGAAUAGACGCAUGCGCUAUGGAAAAAAGGAAAGUCGGUAAAUGUAUCAACGAAAUUGAGCCCUCAUCCAAAUGCACAGUGGCCAGCGGUGAUUACGGUAAAGUACCCGCGCCAACUUCMUCAAUAUCAGUCGUGUCCAUGGAUGUAACUUUAAAGGACAAGUACGUUUCGGUCAUCACCCCCCAGGGGAAGUGCGCAACCAGCAAUCCCUGCCGUCACGGGGGUACUUGCCAUGACUCAGUACCGUACGGCUACAUGUUAUGCCAGUGUGCAAGAGAAUACCGUGGACCGCAUUGUGAAGUCACUACRAGAWCMUUUUAUGGAAACUCGUUGAUAUGGCUGCCUAAGCUAUCUGCUUAUGAUCUCAGGGAUAUCAGCUUUGAAUUUAUGACUGAAAAGCCUGAUGGACUUAUGCUGUAUCAAGGACCUUUGAAAGAAGGAGGAAACAACGGCGAAAAAGAUUUCCUUGCUGUCUUUCUACAAGGUGGAUACGUGGUCAUGAUGGUAUCCUUUGGGUCUGAACCCACCACCAUCAGUGUAACCAAAGGACCUCGUCUAGACGACAAAGAAUGGCAUGUUGUAACCAUUAAACGGGACAUGGUUGACAGAAAGCUUGUUCGUUUGAUCAUCGAUAGAUGCGAAAAGGCGACCAUAGUUGAACAGAAUGGACGGGUCUUUGAGAAUAGGGACAAUUGUGAAGCUUCCAAAAAGGUUUUCGGGCAAAAAACGUAUCUUAAUGGUUUUGGCCCUCUUCAAAUUGGCGGUGUAGACACAGAUGUAUCGUGGCUUGGCGUCAAAACAAAAGGCUUUGACGGAUGCAUAAGAAAAAUUAUCGACUACGAAACAAUGUACGACCUUCAGGACCAGCCUCUGAAGGUUGUAAACUCGGUGACAGGCUGCCAGCCUGCUGCGACGUGUCCAAAUUGUAAUAACAAUGGUUAUUGUGAACCUGGCUUAAAGAAAAGCAUCUGUGUCUGUGAUAUUGGUUAUAUGGGGAGUGAUUGUACCGCACGAAGCCCAGCUAACUACUACAAAGCAAACAGUUUUUCGCAGUAUCUACUUAACUCUGCCCGUGCAAGAAGAGACCUGGUUCAACCCCCUAAAUCGCUGACCAAUGAAUUUUACACAAGCAUCGCUUUGAARGUCAAAAUAGAUCGAGAUAUGGAGAACUGUGUGAUCUUCCUUUCGUCCAACUCUCUUGGUACCGAGUUUAACCGAAUUGAUCUUAAAGAUCGCGUUCUUCGCUAUAUAUUCCGGCUCGGCGACCGCUUGAAGAUCCUCAGCAUCCCACAAAUGAACAUCACUGAUGGCAAAUACCACACAGUAGUCGUCAAACGAGAAGGAAACUAUGCCUCGAUGCAAAUUGACUACGACGGUCUAGUGGCCGGCAAYACCGGGGGUAUCAAUAAGCUUCUGAACAUGGGCGGUGGCAGCUUCUUCUCUGGUGGUCUUCCCAACAUCACUGAGGUCCGUGUCAUUGAAGCUAUUGUUCGUAGUGGUGGGAAUACUGUUCUUAGAACUGCUGAUGGCAGGGUGUUGGCAAGUGGUAUUGGUACAGAUGGUAGCGGGGGAAUGUCCUUUGGUACCGGGUUGACCUCUACRAUGAUCACUGUGAUGCCUUCAGGAAAGACUGUUGUUGAUAGUUUUUCUGACCCGAGAGGAUUGUUUGUUAGUGGGAUGGGAGUUAGGGGAAUUAGUAUCGACAAGACGACUMAAGAUGGAAAAGAAAUCGUUGAAGUUUAUAAUGGCCGACGCACCGUCUCUGGAUUUGGAACUGCUAUUGGUGCUCAAGGCAAUGUUAUYAAGAAUAAAUACCCUUCCACGGGUCCGUACAUCGAYGGCGUCCCUAUCUAUAACGUCAAAGGUACACAAAUCCUCACAUAUGGAGGCGGAAUCCCCUGGACGUUAGAGACAGGCASUGCAACUAGCGAAUCUAAACCAGUUGCCGUUAUUGGGGACUUUGGAGGCUGCACGGCAUCCAAUCGAUUUAAUGGUGUAGAUUUAGACAAAGAUGAUGCGGUUGAUAUCCGUAGGCAAAAUGUUGACCCAGGGUGUCCUUGUACGACUGGUUUCUGUAAGAAUGGAGGUAGUUGCGUUAAUGGUGACCCGCCAUACUGUAUUUGUCCACCUGGUUUCAUUGGUACGCGGUGUGAAACCGUUGUAACAAAACCUAAUGCAGGUCAAAGACCAGGCAGUAGAAUGAUCCUUCCCGGCGUCUUAGCGCUUAUUUUAGUUGUAGUAUUUGCGGUCCUGGCCAUCAUGCUCUUCGUCUUCCUCAAGAAACGUGCACCACCUCCAGUCGUCCCAGUCACACUCGAAGACGGACACGUCCACGAUAACAUUCGUCCGUACCACGACGACGGCGCUGGCGAAGAAGACAACUUUGGCUACGACAUAACMCAACUCAUGAAAUACACGUACGUCGAAGGGGGUGGUGGUGGGGGGUAUGGAUAUGGUGCCGGUGGGGGGUAUGGUAAAGGUGGCGGUGCGGGAUAUGGAGGCGGCGGYGGYGGYGGUGGUAAUGGUAAUGGAAUUGAAGAAAACAUCACAGUUGCCGAGGACAAACCUUUACUACAAGGAGCAUUUAACGGAAACGGACAGCAGUUCGGCGUAACGACCAUCACAAGGCGUCGUGUCAUAAACCCAGAUAGCAUGGAUGUCGGGAAUUUCAUUAAUCAGCGGGUUGGAGAAGCGAACGGUGAAUACUUUAUCGCACACGACUCGCUUCACAUGUUCCGCUAUGAAGGCGACGAUUCUGAUGUUGAUGAUCUGAGCGAGUUGGGYGACAGCGAUAACGAAGAAGACGACGACGAGCAGAGUUUUGACUUCUUGCAACGCUGGGGUCGUAARUUUGAGAGCUUGAACCGCAUCUAUAACAUUGAUAGUUAGGUGUUACUAGUAUUAGUAAUUAAUUAUUAGUUAUUAGUUUUGUAUUUAUAUGUGAAAAUGUCAGCUUACAGCACAUGCAACGCAGUACUUUCUCCGUCUAUAGGAUAUAUUUUUGUAACCAAAACUGAAAURUCACGUUCAUUCAGUUUUACUUUAACCUCAUUAUUUAAAAACAAGAAGAAGAUAGACUGGUAGCUUGUAAAAAAUUGUAGGAAAAUGUGCACAAACAAGACGAUACAACAAGAAUGCAAGCGAUUAAAUAGUCGAGAAAUACUCAAAAGGAGAUAUCAUAGAUUUAAUCAACUGUUUUUGGACAUUUGACUCGACGGGAAAACCGUAACUCGGUCAUUAUWGCUUUCUUGAAUCGUCGCUUUGUAACUMGUACUCUUUGAAAGCGCGUAACUCUGUAUUCAAUAUAGUGCACUCGUGGUCAUUUGUGUAGGUAUGCGCUUUCAGCAUUCAAAACUAUAAUAGACUUUAAAAGUCGCUAUUUAACGUAUUUGUCGCGCAUUCUUUACUUGCGCUAACGUAUUUGAAACGUGCGUAAACGUACGGAAUCGCAGCGAAUCCUUUUUUUUUCAAAAGUUGGAGUAUAUUUUGUAGUAAAGCAUAAGCGAAUAUAAUCGUUAUUGCAAAGAGAAUUGUAGAAUAUGAAAUACAUACAAAAAGCGCUUUUUUGGAUGAAUAUACUUUGAUGUCGAUCCUUG